GCAUCUCUAACUGCUUAAGGCAUGAGAGUCCCUAUAAACAGGAGGCUUUACAAUGGCAUCCACACCCAUCACAGGUGCUUAUCAUUCAAAUUAAGCGCCCAACCAGAGAUAACAAUCCCAAGAAGCAUUUCAUUGACAGAAGAGAGGGAACCCGGUUUGCAUCUUCUGCAAAAUUUAUUGCAGAGAUGUGUAUUGGAGAAGUCUCUUAGUAAAGGAAAGAGCUAUCAUGCUCAUAUCAUCCAAAAUAGGUUACAGACCGACACUAAGCUCUCAAAUAUUCUUAUCAACAUGUAUUGGAAAUGUGGGUCUCUUGAUUAUGCUCGUUUUGUCUUUGAUUCGAUGCCCCAAAAAAGCUUGGUUUCAUGGAAUAUGAUCAUUGGAGGCUAUACUCAGAAUGGAGAGGAAGACCAGGCCAUGAAACUCUUUCUUAAAAUGAUGAGAGAGAAAGUGACCCCAAGUGAGUUCUCUCUCUCUAGCAUACUCUGUGCUUGCUCAGCAAAAUUAGCAUUGGAAGAAAGCAAGCAACUCCAUGCUUUUGCCAUCAAAACAUCAUUCUAUACCAACACCUAUGUGGGUACCUCUCUCCUUGAUAUAUAUGCGAAGUGCAAUUUAAUCGAUGAUUCCAGCCUAGUUUUUGAUGAGAUGCCCGAAAGGAGUGAAGUCUCUUGGAGUUUGAUGAUAUCUGGUUAUGUAAAUAACGAUGAAUGUGAAGAAGCCCUGAAACUCUUUGGUAUAAGUUUGAGUAGAGGUUUUGCAGUUACUGAAUUUUCUCUCUCUUCGUCUCUCAGUGCUUGUGCGAGCCUAGCAGCUCUUAUAGAAGGGAACCAAUUGCAUGCAUUGGCAAUUCGAUCAGGUUUUCUCUUGAAUCUCUUCGUGGAUGCCUCUCUAAUAGAUAUGUAUGCAAAAUCAGGAAGCAUAGAAGAGUCUUACAAGGUGUUUUCGAGCUUGAUUGAUAGGAAUGUAGUUAUAUGGAACGCGAUGAUUUCAGGCUUCUCGAAGCAUGCGUGUGGAAUUCAGGCCCUUAUGAUGUUUGAAAAGAUGAAGCAGAUCGGAUUGGAGCCAAAUAGGACAACAUAUACAUCUCUCUUGUCAGCUUGUGCACACUCAGGUCUAGUAGAAGAAGGCCAAAGGCAUUUUGCACUAAUGGCCCGUGACUUUGAACCAGAUGUGCACCACUAUGCGUGCAUAGUGGACCUUUUGGGGCGAGCUGGGUUCAUUGAUGAGGCCAAAAGGCUCAUUGAUUUGAUGCCUUUCGAGCCCACCCCUUCUAUUUGGGGCUCACUUCUUGGAGCGAGUCGGUUUUACAAAAACCUUAGUCUUGCUGAAAUUGCAGCUAAAAAUCUCUUUAUGAUUGAGCCCAACAAUGCAGGCAAUCAUGUUUUGUUAUCAAAUAUAUAUGCAUCGGACGAGAGAUGGGAGGAGGUGGCGAGGGUUCGAAAGGCUUUGAAAGACAGUGGAACAAAGAAAGAGAAAGGGCAGAGUUGGAUUGAGGUUAUGGGCCAUGUCCAUGUUUUUGUGGUGGGAGAUAGGAGCCACCCAAGAAUAGUGGAGGUCUGUGAGAGGCUUGAGAGGCUUAUUGGAGAGAUAGAGAGAGCAGGGUAUGAGAGAGAGUUGCAGUUCGAUUUGCACGAUGUAGGGAGAGAAAGGAAGAAGAAGCUGUUGGUGCAUCAUAGCGAGAAGUUAGCGCUGGCUUUCGGGCUAAUGAGUUUGUCAAAGGCUGCACCUCUAAGGAUCAUGAAGAACUUGAGGAUUUGUGGAGAUUGUCAUUCGAUGAUGAAAUUCGCAUCAAAGAUUGAGCCACGAGUGAUCGUGUUGAGAGAUACGAGCAGGUUUCACCAUUUUAGAGAUGGUUCAUGCUCCUGUGGUGACUAUUGGUGAGGUGAUUGGUGAUUAGGGAAAGUAUACUAUAAUCCAAUGGGCUAUGGAGAAAUCAUGGUUUGAUUCGGUCACCAUCAUCCAAAGAAGUGAUGGAUGGUGAAGGAAGAAUAUGUGGAACACACGAAAACAUGACAUGAUCACUAUCCCGAUUGUUGGUGACCCUUCAUCACUAUCCUUUAUUUCAUUGGACAGUGAUGAACCAAUGAAUGAGGAGUUUUUGAGUUUUUCCACUGCCUAUUUGUUAUUCAUUCAUCCCUACUAAUUCUCCAUUCUAUGGUUCUUUUAAGAGGAAAAUUACAAAAGAUAUCUUUUUUAAGACGAUCAAUGUCGUCGGUUUAGAACUUGGAGAUUGACAUCACUCGUCCACACUUGACUGUUUGAGAUGCGCAACUGAAGUGCUGGUCCCCCUAAGUUACAAAAGAUGCCUUUUUUAAAGCAAUCGAUGUCGUCGGUUUGGAACUUGGAGAUUGCCAUCACUCAUCCACACUUGACUGAUUCAGAUGUACAACUGAAGUGCUGGUCCCCCCAAAAUAGGUUAGUGAAAUUUGGGGGCUUUGUGAACUGGGCUCAGGCAACGGAAACAUCGAGUCAUGACCAGUGAACAAUCAGGGGAUGGAGCAGUUAUAGGGCAUGAUCAAGGGAACCAAACCAUUAUGUUGAUUGGAGCUUAUUCACACAUUCAUGAGUUUCAGGCAACGCACCAAAUCAUGGAGUUAUAAUAUAUUGGCAAAACUAUUCUAUCCUGCACAAUGAAAGUAGCUCUAGACUGGUUUUGGUGGGGCUAAAGCUUUAGGCAAGGGAGAGCAUGGGGUCUAAGAGGUCGUCACCCUUGAGUUGAUUGAAGCAUGGUUGAAAUUUUUGGGUUACUUUCUGUUUGUUUUAUUUGAGAGAGAUUUGUUUUCUAAUGAAGAUUGGGAGGAGGUUAAGCAGGUGGCCACGAAGUUAGGGUGAUGCUGAUGAUAGGUUUUCUGAGAUUUUGUAAAGAGGGGAUCACUCUAGGGAGAGAUACACUGCCAUUCUACUGAAAUUGAGAGUUGUCCUGGAUUUUGUAGACAGAGAGAAAGGAGAGCUCUGACUUCAGAGAGAGAGAGAGAGUCUCAAGUGGGAUUGGGGUUGAGGUCAUCGUGGUAGCACUACUCAAGCUUCAGUUAUCGUGGGAUUGGGGUUGAGGUCAUCGUGGUAGCACUACUCAAGCCUCAGUUAUCGGUCUAGGUUUUCAUUCCCACUAACACAUUCAAAAGCCAUUAAUUAUUUCUAAAAACAGGUAGGGCCUGUAUUCCUUACUAUUUACCCCAAGAGAGAGAGUCUCAAGUCUCAAGAGAUAAGUUGAGUUUUAUUUCCUUGUGUAUUUUUUUUUCUUUUCAUCUUUCAGUUGUCAAUUCAAAUUCAAAUGGUUGCUUCAAUUUCUCUAAUUCUAAAGUCUACAAAACUCUCAACCCUUGCUGAAGGAUCAAACUUAACAUCGAUGUGCAACUUGCAACCAACCAAAUUCUAGAUUGUGAAGCCAUUUUCUCUACAACGCUAGCAUGACGCUAAUGGAUUAGAGAUAAUUCGAUCU